UGGUGAAGACGCCGUGUGCAGGGAAGACCCAAGAACAAAGGGGCGCCAGUACUACGAGAUGAAGCGGCCGGAUGUGGGGUUCGGGGGGCUGACCAUCUGACACACCUGACACCUGCGCCAUCACCCCACAGCGUACGGCGAGACGAGGAGAGAGGCGGCCCUUGAUCACCAUAUUUUCCCCCAGGAGUUAUCGUGCAUCUGACUACACGGGCGGCAGGCAGGGUGACGCAGCGGCCAGUUGAUAAGAGGACGCGGCGGCGGCGAGGAGGCGUGCGUCAUGUCGGAGGAACAACCCACGGACGGGGAGACUGUGAGGUGCCAGUACUUCGAGGUGGGGCCGCGCUACUUCAGCCUGUCGUACAUUGGUGAAGGCGCCUAUGGCAUGGUGGUGUCUGCCAAUGACAGAGUUACAAAAACAAAGGUGGCAAUAAAAAAGAUAUCCCCAUUUGAGCACCAGACAUAUUGCCAGAGAACCCUUCGAGAGAUCAAAAUUCUAACCAGAUUUAAGCACGAAAAUGUAAUAGAUAUCAGAGACAUAAUACGAGCUCAAAAUAUAGAGGCCAUGAAGGAUGUCUACAUUGUACAGUGUCUAAUGGAAACUGAUUUGUACAAACUUCUCAAAUCUCAAAAAUUGAGUAAUGACCACAUAUGCUACUUCUUGUACCAAAUUCUACGAGGUCUGAAAUACAUCCAUUCAGCCAAUGUCCUCCACCGAGACUUGAAGCCAUCAAACCUCCUCCUGAACACAACUUGUGAUUUGAAGAUAUGUGAUUUUGGCUUGGCGCGAGUUGCAGAUCCAGAACACGAUCACACAGGGUUCCUGACUGAAUAUGUUGCAACUCGCUGGUAUCGGGCUCCAGAAAUCAUGCUCAAUUCAAAGGGCUACACAAAAUCCAUUGACAUUUGGUCUGUGGGCUGCAUCCUUGCUGAGAUGUUGUCCAAUCGCCCCUUGUUCCCUGGGAAGCACUACUUGGACCAACUGAACCACAUCUUGGGCAUCUUGGGUUCACCUUGUCAAGAGGACCUUGACUGUAUUAUCAAUGAGAAGGCCAGAAGUUAUUUACAGUCUCUUCCAUACAAGCCAAAAGUUCCAUGGACAAAGCUGUAUUCUAAUGCUGAUGCCAAAGCUCUGGACCUGUUAGACAAAAUGCUGACUUUCAACCCACACAAGCGCAUCACAGUUGAGGAAGCUCUUGCUCACCCAUACCUUGAGCAGUAUUAUGAUCCUGCUGAUGAGCCUGUUGCUGAAGAGCCUUUCAAAUUUGAAAUGGAGCUGGAUGAUCUUCCAAAAGAAAAACUUAAGGAACUAAUCUUUGAGGAAACUGUUUUAUUUAAGCAGCGCCUUGCUACUGAAACACCUAUGCAGCAAAACUGAAAAUGCUGUUUGAACUUUUUAUUGAAGAGUGGAACAUAAAAUGAACAGGCAUUUUGUAGCUGACAACUCUCAAGUAGGAAAACUACCUAUUUGCCAAAGGUUCAGGCAACAUCAAGAUGAUGCAUAAAGGUGGUGACUGGUUACUCAGUCCAUGAAAACCCUUUAUGCCCUGCUACUCACAGCAAGCAUGUUGUGCACCUGAACUGUGGCAAGAUCCUGUUUGGAGAAAAUUGGACAAGUGCCUCACCUUUUUUGGUCAUUUGGGCAAUAUAUGAAGAUAAUUUGUGUUUUAUCUGUGGAAAAUUGGCCUGCAAACUGUGUUGGAAAUGGCUGUCUGAGAAAAUGCAUAUAUGCAACAUUUUGUGUUAUAGCCAAAAGUGUCAAAGCUAGAUAAAAACAACAACCAUAUAUUGAUUCUUACUCUAGUUACUGGUUUCAAUCUUAGAAGUUAACCUCAAUGUUUUCAUGUGGCUGUCUGACUUCAUUAUAUGAAGUUGAGGUGUUAAGAGUCUUUAAAAUAGAAGAAAAGUUUUCUUCAUAAAUUUAUAUCAUCUCCAGGAGCACUUGUAGUAUUUGUUCUUAGUAAUGUAUUUGUGCUCCUCUUGAACUGCCAGUAAUUGCUACUAAGACGUGUUUGUUGUGAAAUUUUGAUUAGGAUGUUGUUUAUCUGCUGUUGGAAUGUCGUAGUUAAUUGCUUUUGAAUUAUUGAUGUUCAAUUGCUUCUAAAGCACUAUGCUGAUGUUAUGUGACAGGAAACUGUUGUCUAGUGUUGCUGACUGAAUAAUCUAACAGGAACUGAAUACUGAACUCAGCAUCUUUUCACAUGGAUAUUAAUUAGUUUUCAUGUAUUUUUGAAGUAUACAUUGUCUGCUUGAUUUUUAUACUAUAUUAGGGCAAAACAUUUUUGCAUUCCAAAUAUCUAUUCAUUCAAGAAUCCUUUUCAGAGGGUAUGGAUUUCAAAUAGAUAUAGAAUUCCAAGUUAUGAAGUAUGGCUCCACUUUUUUGCUACUUUGUUAAUCAAGACAGUGUGUUCUAUGGGAAGUCAUUGUCAUCUGUGCAGUCAUUGUUGCACAUCUUACUUUAGUAACUACCAAGUUCUUGAUUGUGUUCACUCAAGCAUGAUCUGUGGAGUUACUUUAUAUACUCAUCUAAGUUGUGAAUCCCAAAAAAGUAAAUGAAAAGGCUGCACCAGCAGGGAAUUCAGGUGCAGUCCAUCCUCAAUUUUUCAUGAUGUUAUGCUUUUCUUGUUCAUAUGAGAGGGGCCAUUGCAUUUAAUAUUUUAGUAAUAUCACCUUUUGUAAGUAGUGGUAAUGAUGCCCGAAAGAAGUACCUCAAGUUCAGAACCUGAAGCAAAAUUAUGACAAUCUUGUAGCUGAUAAAGACAGUAAAUCCCCCUUUAUUAAGCUUCAAUUUUCUUCGGUGCUUACUGUGUUGACAUUUUAAGUGUAAUGAUGGUGGUACAGAAUGACUCAGCCAUUGCAGAUAAGCUGUGUAAUUCUGUGAAACUAAAAUGUGGAUAGCUUGUAUUUCGUGUUGUCAUUACUGAAGUAAAACACAACAAUUGGAAAAGUCUGUAUCUAAACUUAUGGUAUGUGAAUAUUGGGAUUUAUAUCACAGUUACUGGGAUUUGACCAUGGAGAAGGAAUGUGUUCAGGCCCAUGUGCAACCUUAGUCAUUUUAAUAUUAGGUGAAAGAAUUUACAUUAAAAUAUAAAAUUCUAUUGUAUGGUUGCAGUUCACAAGGGCUGUGCAUGGAAGAGGCUGAGUGCAGGAUAGAGAAAACUAUUGAAAUAAUCUUCACUGGUAAUGAGAUCAAAACUUACAGGAAUUAAGCAUAUCAUGCCUCAAAACCUCUGUAAGUGAUACAAGGGAACAAAUUGAAAAUUAUCACAGUGUUGUAUGUAGACAGGAAGUGUUAAAGACUGAUCAUGCAUUUAUAUGUUAUAGUACUGUCAGGAUAUUAUUCCUUCCAAUGUCGUGUUUGUAUUUUAAAUGAGCUCGUGAAUUAGUGGUGAUUGUAACUGGAUCCAGGUCUGUCUUUUGAAAGGAAAUGUGGUAAUAUUCAGUCAUCCAAGGUUUAGUUUGCUUCCUUUGAAAUUAAAUCCAUUGAAACUUGAACUUAUCUGAAGGGAUAUCAUGACCAUGCAAAUAAUUUUUAGUAGCAAAAGGUAGCCUAAAUUAAUUAUAUUGGAAAAGUUUUGAUUUGUUAAUUGACAUAAACAGUUGCCUCAUUUAGAGCAUAAUAUAUUAUCUUCUACAGUAAUUAUUUUUUUUUCUUUUCUUGGAUAAUGCAUUGUUAAGAUGAAUACUGGGAUAUUUAGUCAUACUGACAUCUAGGUAUAACAUUUUUAUCUUGUACACUUUCUUACUCAGAUCAUAUAUUCAUUCAUGAAGAACAGUCAUCCGUGAUAGCCAAGUCUUUGCCAAAGGGAAACGGAAGGGUUGCAAGUACUAUAAUUGUUUUUGUUAUUCAUGUCAUUCGUGUGAUGAGGUGAGGUAUAUUUAAGACCAAACCACCACUCGGAUAAGGCUUUCAGAUCAUGCCUUGUCUACACCAAUCAUAGGAAGUAUUUGUAUGAUUAAUCAUGAGUUAUUUUAUGCAAUUAGUGUGAAAGGUCAGUGAGUGGAUAUGUCAGUGUCAGGCAAUUACUGGCACCUGGUGCGUGAGUGUACUUCAUGCUUAUCGUGCACCAAUAUAUCAAUGUAUAUCAUUCCCCAUGUCAACAUCAGUGUUAGUAUGAUAUCUGUUUUGCAGGAAGUCAGAAUACAAGAAACAUGUUAUUUGAGAAAUCUAUAACAGAUUUUUUUCUACAACAAUGCAGUGUUGAUGUACAAACCUGUCUGACUUCAAGUGAAACAACAAUAUUACAUGUGAAAAGUGUUUACUUAAAGUGUGGAAAUAUGCAGUGCUAGUGGACAAUGGUGAUAUUAAAAUUUGACCUCAUGCUGCUUACAGAUGCAGGCAAACUUUUCAUAUUUCUUUGAUAUAUGUUUCUUUUUCAGUCCCAUGAUAUAUAAAAGUAACUAUUGACCAUUGUAUUACCUCAGUUUCCAUUACAUAUCCUCUGCAAACACUGCAUCCUGCACAAAUUUCAGUUUUAGUAACCUGCGGCCAGGUACAAAGUGUUUGGAGGAGCAUGUGACCUCAUGGGACAGUAAGAGAGGGAAGUGUGGAGUGUGAUUGAAGGAGGACCGUGGUAUUAGCUGUCUGCAUUUGAUGUCAGGAACUAGACAGCCCAAUCAUGAUGUUGCUAUUAACAUUGCCUUUACAGUACUUCCUCUGCCAAGGAAAAGCCCUAGUGUUUUUAAUUAUGGACAAAGUAGGUGGUUUGAUUGAUGGCCAUGACUGGGAUUAUACAAAUGCUGUGAGGCAGCUGGGACCUGUUGUCUGUGUCUCUUCCCUCCCACUCUACCACUCCUGCUCUCACAUGGAGAUGAGUAAUCAACUGUAGUGUGUUCUGAGAUGGUGGUUAAAUCAUAAAUAAAUUACUGGCGUCAACUAAUGUAAACACUCAUUCUCUUUUGACCAUGUUCCUUGCAUAUGGGAAAGUACUAGCCUUUACUUCUCUUAAAUUUCUGCCAGUCAUUUUCUGAGAUCAGGUCAAGUAAUAUGCCGAGCAAAGAUUGUGUUAUGUAAGUAUGAGCUGUUCAUUAUGUUACUUGUAUGUAAAUAUCAAACUGCUUUUUUUCUGCCUUUUUGUAUGGAUGAGAUGAGAUGGAUGAGAUUGGUAGUCCAUGAUGAUUUUGAGCCAAAAACUAAAAGAUAUAUUUGAAAACAAUAUGAAUAAGAUGUAUUUAAAUGUAGAUGGUAUGGAGUCAAGUUCACAGAGAUAAAAGAUAUUAUUGAAGAAAAAG